UUUGUGGAAAAAGCUGCGUGACCCGGGCGUGAGGGGAAACAGCCGGAGUGAUGUGAUAAAAUCCCGGGUGCCAUAGUCACUGUGUGGGGCCGAUAGUAACAGGGGUAGUUUGUCAGGUGUACAUGUGUGUGACAUGUUAUGUAACAUAUAUAUAGCCAGGGGCCUUAGGGAUGUAUAUGCCCAGUGUCUGGCUUUCCACCUAUGGCUAUUUAUUACCUGUGUUUUUCCUGCCCUGCAGUGAGGCAUUGCUACUACAUAAUAUAGUUGGAGUGUAUACAUAAUAUAGUUGGAGUGUAUACAUGAUCCUUGGCAGUGAGGGAAAAGUAAAGUAUGCUGUAAGGCUAUAUACUGUAGCUAUGGGAAAGGUAGCAUAAAGCAACAUUCCCAGUCAUGCAGAUGAUCAGGAUCAAUCCCUUUUUCUGUAAUCACCCAGUGAGUGACACCAGGCAGUUACUCAUCAAUGGUGUCUCUUUUGUUUACACUCCAUUAGCAGAUGAAGCCGCCUUUAUUGUAUUGUGUAUAACACUUCAUAAUGCAAAGAUCCCUUUUAUAAACAGUAGCUCUUUGCAUCAUAAAGAACCAGUUGUGAUAUCUGUACCUAGGUCCUGCAAUGAGCCAAGGGGGUGUGAAAUGUAGGCAUGUAGCUGAAUAGCCUAUUGAGAAAAGGAAUGUAUUAACAGUAUGCAAGUGGAAAUUAGGCAGUGUUAUCUGAUAGCCAACCUGCAUCAAAAGCAGACUGCAUCAUGUGAAGCCAGGAAUUCCUUGGUCAGCUGUUUGCCAGAAUUGAGACAUGUACAUUGGAGGGAGAUUCAUAGUUCUGACACAUCUAUCUUCCUGUGGCAUUCUCAUGACAAGAACGUCAAAAGGGGUUUUGCAAGACCUCAGCAACCCUUGCGUCCAGCACUGUCGAAGCUUCCUGGGUUUCACUGGACCACUCACUAACAAGAGGAAGGAAUACUCUGAGAGGAGAAUCAUUGGGUACUCUAUGCAGGAGAUGUACGAAGUGGUGUCCAAUGUGGAAGAAUACAAACUGUUCGUCCCCUGGUGUCAAAAGUCUGCAGUUAUCUCCAAACGCACGGGAUAUGCAAAAGCACAGCUGGAAGUCGGCUUCGCCCCUAUCAUGGAGCGAUACACCUCCAUACUCACACUGGUGCGCCCUCACCUUGUAAAAGCUAUUUGUACAGAUGGUCGUCUUUUCAACCAUUUGGAAACCAUUUGGCGUUUUAGUCCUGGCAUCCCUGGCUAUCCUCGUACCUGCACUGUAGACUUUUCAAUCUCCUUUGAGUUUCGUUCUCUGCUGCAUUCCCAGCUUGCCACUGUCUUUUUCGAUGAGGUAGUGAAGCAGAUGGUUGCCGCCUUCGAAAGACGGGCAGGGAAAACUUAUGGUCCAGAAACACCAAUUCCCCGUGAACUUAUGUUUCAUGAAAUACACCAGACGUGAUGACCUUGCGUUGGCCACACUGUAAAGGGAGAGACCGUGAAAGCCAUGCCAACCCAAAGUUCACACAAUGAAUAUGGAACAUGAGUCUCAAAGCUUUGUGCACUCACUGGGACUUACGAACCACACUUUGGUUUUUCUUCUUUUCUUUUUUUUUUUAAAAAAAAAAAAGAAAUAUUUAUUUAAUUUCACAUCUGAUUGUGCUGAGAAAUAUAUGUAUAAGUUAUCACCAGUGUCUAGUGGCAGGCGUACUGCACAUUAGGACGGCUAUCACCUCCUGGGACAGAGUUAUUUUUAAGAGUGUUUUCUCCUAUAUUUGUUUUUAAGAUAUCAGCUGUAAAUGAAAAGGAGGGGGCGGCAUGGGACAGGACUCAUGUAGGGACUGCUCUUCCUCAAGCAAUAAUGGCACAACUGACACAAUCUAAGUCUGUACUCGGAAGUAGUUAUUUUAUGCUCCUCUGCUCACAAUAAGCACCCAAUGGUUUCUCAUACACGCUGUUACUAUAUACACCCUACUCCUUACAUGUCACUUGCAUCCUUCCUCAAUGCCGGCAUUCAGUUUUAUGUAUUAAUCCACCCUUACUCUUCCAGCAAUGAGAGGAUGCCAGUGCAUGGGAGUAAUGUUCUGUGAUACUCUGUGUAUCCUUACCUUAAUGCCAAUGACUGGACGAUUAUACGCUUGCACAUCAAACUACUGUUCUUGACCUUACUGGAAGAAGGGAUCUGAUUGUGCAUGUUUGUCCUACCCAUUAAUGGACAUAAACCCCAGUGUGACAGGAGAGUAACUCACCAGUAUAACGGUCGUUGUUUCUCUCAACAUGUAAAACCGAACAUUCUAUGCAAUGGAUUGUGUGUCUUAACAACAGGGUAAUGAGUGGUAGUAGGAUUCGGGGGGGGGGGGGGUUUCUGCCAAACGAGUAAUGUAGCUGUAUUGCUGAGUGUUCUGGAUGAAAGCAAAGCGCAAGAAGAUACAGGGAUGGGAAGUGCCACUUUAAUGCUAUACGCGGUGCCUGGCAUUGAAAUACAAUUUCAUUUAGGGCCUACAAACUCUGCUGCAAUGUAAUGACACCAUUAAGAUUUGGUUUCUUUUAUUACCAGUUAUGCGUGAGUCACAAAGGACAUGAAUGAUUGUGUAUGUAUACUGACAUGCAUUGAUAAAGUUGAAGAACAAAGCUAGCAACAAGACAAGACCAGAGACUCGGGUGCCAAAAGCACAGGGAAGAGCAGGAAUCUACUUGCGAGUGAUAAUGGUAGAAAGAAGUUUACAGACAAGUGCAAUACUGCCCAGCCAUCAUAUUGCUGCUGUACGAGCCAAGAGCUCACCUUACUGAGAAACAUUCUAGAGUCAAUACUUUGGGUUUCAGUGCUUUAUGGUUGUAAGAAACAUGUAUACCUUUGUUGUAGUUUUAACUCAUAUCAUCGACAACACGGAGAACUCGCACUAGAAUUCAUUUUUAUUGUCGGGUGAUCCAUUGUUGUGUUUUAUGUUUAAGGGGAGACAGGGACCACUUGUCUUUGUUUAUUGGGCCUUAAACCUCUCCAUGUAAAAUAGAGGUGUCGUCUACAUUUAGUGUGACUUGAAGACCAGAAUACAGACACACCCAUUUCAUUGUGAAAUAUGUUAUGUCUUCACCUCCUGCCUUUGUGUCAGUGUAGUUAUUACUAUUAUCUGCUUGGUCAAUGCAACAUUUGCUUACCGGUAAUAUUGAGCUGUACAAACAAACCAACAAAAACAGGACAAGCAUAAAUAAAAACCAUGUUUAUAAAGGUA